CUUCACGCUUUCACUGUGAAACGUACGCGGCGAGCCCCUGGCCCCGCCCACGCUCCUGCCCGGUCUGCGCGGGAAUCGCCAGCGUCUUGCAGAGUCCGAACAACCUGGGGACGCCGCGUGAGCCCCGGGGCUGCACGAGGACUGUGGGAUUGGAUUAUAUGCGCCAUGGCUAUGACUAGUGUCAGAUUGCUCACUGGUGUUUUAAGAAAAUCAGAUGCCUGGAUUGGAUUCUGGACUGUGCUUCAAGGGACACCUUCUUCACACAAACUCUGUGCUUCCUGGAAUCGAUACUUGUAUUUUUCUAGUAGCAAGUUAAAUACAUCAAAGUAUAAAACACUUCUCCAUGGUAUUUUCCCUGUGAAACUCCCAGGGCUUUUAGUAUCUCCAGAAUAUAUGUUUCCAUUUUCCAUAAGACUCAAAAGUAAUGUAAGCUCUAAAAAGUCCUCUAAAAAGACUCUGCAAAAAGUAGAAGAUGAAGAAGAUUCUGAUGAGGAGGGUGAUCAUGAGGACAGGAGUGAGCAGGAAGAGGAGCUGGAGGAUGACCCUAGUGUAACCAAAGACUACAAAGACUUGGAGAAGGUUGUGCAGUCUUUUCGGUAUGAUGUUAUCCUGAAAACAGGCCUCGAUGUUGGGAGAAACAAAGUGGAGGAUGCAUUCUACAAAGGUGAACUCAGACUGAACGGAGAAAAAUUAUGGAAGAAAAGCAGAACGGUGAAAGUAGGAGAUUCAUUGGAUCUUCUCAUUGGAGAGGACAAAGAAGCAGAAACAGAGACAGUGAUGCGGAUUCUCCUGAAAAAGGUGUUUGAAGAGAAGACUGAAAGUGAAAAAUAUCGAGUGGUGUUACGACGGUGGAAAAAGUUACACCUUCCUAAGAAGAGUAUGUUGAAAUAAAUGAGUUGCUUUUAUCCACGAAGCUGCUUCCUAACGGUGGGGAAAGAAGCCAACAUAAAAAAGAGGACAUUUCUACUAAAAUAAAGUUCUCUCACCAUUUGUGGAAUCUGCUGAGCAUUUUGUGAAAAUUAGGACCUGUAUCUGGAGACACUUCUCGGCCAGUGUUUCCCCCGAGACCGGAUCUGUGCUGCUGUCCCCCUCGCUGUGAUGAGAACCCUCUGCCCAGAGUGAGAUGCAAACUACAGGAGCAAAGCCUGCAUGGGGCUCUAAUGACAGGCCCGCUGCUUCCCACACCACCUACCUCACGGUCAUUAUGAAAUAAACUGCCUUGUUGGUCUUAGGA